AUGGCUAGGCACGCAGUAGAGAAGACGACACCGGAAGAGCCUUUGGAUGAGCAACUGAUUCAGUCACAAUCGACGCCGUCGACGGACCUCGAAGGACAGGCUGCGCCAGCUGAAGAACAGGAUGUCUUUGGUAACGAGGAAGGCGCUGAGAUACAGUACAAGACGUGCAAGUGGUGGUAUGUACACAAACUACCUGAUUCUGUGUGCAGUGUCACUGAACGAGUUAUGCUGGCGGAGAAUGUCUCAUUAGGCGUCCUCGCCCUUCCUCAAGCGCUUGCGAUCCUCGGCCUCGUCCCCGGUCUCCUCUGCAUAUGCUUCCUAGGCAUCAUCGCUACAUACACUGGCUAUUUGAUCGGCGAAUUCAAGCUGGCUCAUCCGUCUGUAGCGAACUACGCGGAUUGCGGCAUGCUUAUGAGCGGGCCAGUGCUUCGCGAGGUGCUUGCUGUCGGACAACUACUAGUCUUGAUAUUCAUCAUGGGGGCGCACAUCUUGACCUUUGCGGUCGCGAUGAAUGCGAUGACCGACCACGGCACUUGCACUAUCGUAUUCACUGUUGUCGGACUGAUCAUCUCCUUCCUGCUAGGGUUGCCCAGAACGUUCAAGAACAUCAGCUACUUUAGCUACUUUUCCUGCGCUUCCAUCAUUGUGGCAGUUACGGUAACCAUGAUCGCGAUUAGUAUCCAGAAGCCAGACAUGGGCAACAUCGUUGCUGUGCGACCCGAUGUACCUCUCGUCAAAGGACUCGCACCCGUGAUGAAUAUCGUCCUAGCUUACACUGGACACGUCGCUUUCUUCUCGUUCCAAUCCGAACUCGAAGACCCUCGCGACUUCCGCAAAGCUCUCAUCUUCGAGCAGGGUAUCGCAGUCACAUUCUAUAUGCUCAUCUCCGUCAUCAUAUACUACUACGCAGGGCCUCUCGUAGCCUCACCCGCCCUCGGUUCCGCGUCCCCCCUCGUCAAUGCGCUUCCUCCACUGAUGUGGCUGUGGCACAAUAAGAAGAACGGUAGGCUGUUCUCGUCGACUUCGCAAACGGCUUUUACCAUUUUGAAUAUCUCUAUCGUUAUUCUAGGCAUGCUCAUUUUUGGACUUGGAAUGUGGUCGUCAGGAUGGGCGUUGAAUCGCGGGUCUGGCGGCAAGGUAUUCUCUUGCGAUAACAACUGGCAUCCUGUGAGCUGGGUUUCAGGAGGUACCAAAGAUGCAUAG